AUGGCAUUGUGCAGAUCAACCUUCCUCAGACAACUCGAGGCUGUUGCGGACCACAAAAAGAAUGAAACCUUUGCCACAUGGCAUGAGGCCAAUGGAACCAUUGGCCAGGAAUACACCUUUGGAGGGCUAUGGGAAGAAGCCGGAGCCAUUGCUUACAACCUACACCACAAAUGGGGAGUGAAGAAAGGAGAAAAGGUGGUCUUGUGCUAUGGCUUUGGGCUGCACUUUUUUGCUGCCUUCCUUGGCUGCUUGAGGGCUGGGGUUGUGGCCAUUCUGGUUUAUCCCCCAUUCCCCCCUCUUACCAAGACACUCACCAAGAUGGAGAAAGUCAUCAAUGAUUGCCAACCUGUGUUGAUCUUGACUGACAUGGCCAUCAUGGCAAUGAAGAAAGUGGAUGAACUAAAGCCAUUCUCAAAAAGCAAGGGAAUGUGGCCAAAGGGGAUUCCAUUUAAGGUUACAAAUGGUACAAACUUUCUCACAACAGUGGAAUCAUUUGACCAGGAAGACCUUCUUGAGUCUGAUAUUGCCUUCUACCAAUACACAUCGGGAAGCACUGGUGAUCCAAAGGGAGUCAUGGUGACUUUCAGGGCCUUGGAAGCCAAUGUUCAGAUCAACCUUGAUGGUCUCAGCCUGAAGUGUGCUGAGGAUGGAUUUGAUAUGGACAAGAUUGUUGGCUUCUCUUGGCUGCCACAGUAUCAUGACUUUGGAUUGAUCUUUGCCUCCAUAGUUCCUUUUGCUGCUGGGUGGAGAAUGCACAUGAUGUCUCCCUUAACCUUCAUCAAGAAACCUUUAAAAUGGUUGGACCUCAUGUCAAAGCAUAAAGUCACAUUGGGGGUGGCCCCUGACUUUGCCUAUCAUUUGGUAGCCAGAAAGUUCAAAGAGGAGAUGUUGAAGAAAGGAGGAAAGUGUCCAAUUCCAAACCUUGACCUGUCAUCCAUCCAGUAUCUACAAAAUGGGGCUGAGCCAAUCAGGCUUGACACCCACAAAGAUUUCAGCUCCACAUUCUCUGACUUUGGAUUAAGGAAAACCUGGUUCUGCAGUGGCUAUGGUUUGGCAGAACAUGUUGUCACUGUGUCCUGGUUGAAUGAAUACCGGCUAUCCACCCAACGACCAGAGGACUCGAAGAGCUUUGUAGCAGUGGGUUCCAAACAAACCUUCCAUCCCUGUGUGGACAUCAAAAUUGUUGACCCUGUCAACAAACAUGAACUUCCUGCUGACCAAACGGGUGAGAUUUGGAUUGCUGGUCCUUCCAUUGCUGCAGGAUACCAUGGAAAGCCAGAACUGUCCAGUAAGGUCUUCCAAGCCAAGCUUCUCCCUCAAGAAGAUUCUGCUAGUUCUCAGGAUAUUUCCAGUACUAGCACAACCUUCCUUCAAACAGGGGACCUGGGCUUCAUGCAAGAUGGGUACUUGUUUGUGUGUGGCAGGAUCAAAGACCUGCUCAUUAUCAAUGGGGUCAACUACUAUCCCCAAGAUAUUGAGCUGGCUGUUCAAUGCUGUCAUGGUGUCCGUCCAGGAUGUGUGGCAGCUUUCUCUUCUGAUGACACUGGUGAAGCUGAUGGCCAGCUUGAGGUUGUCUUUGAGAUUAGGAAUGCCAACAAGAAGACUGCACAGGCUGUUUGUGAGGGCAUCAAAUCUACCAUCAUGCAGGAUAUUGGUCUUGUUCCUUCCAAGAUUGUGGCAUUGGAAGAAAGAAGCAUAGCCAAAACAACCAGUGGCAAGAUCCAGAGAAGGAGAAACAGAGACCUGCUCCAUACAAAUGAACACAAAGUUGUUUUUGUUCUUGAUGAGUCAUUUAAGUUUGCAGGUGAUGGCAAGAUAGCAGCAAGCAAAACCACAGAUGGACACCAGGAAAUUUACCACAAUCUUCCUCCUGAAGAAAAGUUUGAUGCCAUCAUUGCUUCACUCUUGGGAUCUGACUAUGAUCCUGAUUCUGGAUGGGAUGAGAAUGGUCUCACUUCCCUCAUCUUGAUUGAGCUCAACAACAAGCUAGCCGAAUCUUUUCCAGCCACAGUCCCCGGUGACUUUCCUGACCAAUAUCCAACCCCAGCUGCACUCAAAGAGUACAUCCUCAGCCCAAAUCAUGGAUCAUUCUUCCCCAUUGAAGCACCAAGCUUUGACACUUCAGCUACAAGACUUCCUUGGUCUGUAGUAACUCUGUUGCAGGGGAUUGGUGUCUUUGCUCUCUUUUUGAUGCUAUCUGUAAGCACAGUUCCAUCCUACUGGUGCUACAAGCUCAUCAUCUAUGAUGGAGCACCACCUUCUCUGGGGAUAUUUCUUCCGCUAGUCUUCUUGCUUUGGCACAUCACCUUCACCCUCUUGGUUUGCCUCUCAAAGUGGACUGUAAUUGGCAAGUACUCUUCCGGAGAGGUUCCAGUGGAGUCCCUAUACUACAUCAGAUGGUGGUUUGUUGACAGGGCAGUGCAUUUGUGGGAGAUGUUAGUUGGCAGGUAUGUCAUUGGCACUCCAUGGCAAUGGCUGUUCUAUUCAAUGAUGGGCUGCAGGGUACACUCCUCUUCCAAGUUGGAUUGCUUCCUUCGAGAGUUUGAUCUCUUGGAGAUUGGUGAAAAUGCUGAAAUCAGUUUUGGGAUCAAAUGCAGAAAGUUUGGUCCCUGGCGGGAGUCUGGGCCACAUGCUGGGUCUCCUACAUUGAGGUUCAGACAAAUCAGAGUGGGGAAUGGCUGUGUGGUUGAAGGACAUCUAGAUCCUGGUGUGGCACUUGGUGAUGGCAGCAAUGUGGUCAAGCUAGCUGCACUUCCAGAGGGUGCUCAGGUCCCACCUUCUGGGGUUGCAACUGGAAGUCCUGCUCACCUCAGUGGCAUGGCACAGCCCAAAAAGAACACUGAGCAUGAAAAGAAGAGUAUGGCUGUGUUGAGAAUUACCAAAUGUAUUUGGCCCCUGAUGGAACUCUAUUUGACCUUUGCCAUUGCUGGGUCUGCUGGGUGGGCCACCACAGCUGGUAGCUUUGGCACGGAGUGGCGCUAUUCUACCCUGCUGAAGGCAUUCCUCAUCAUUGUCCUCACAGGUAUUGGAAACUUACUAGUUUGCAUUCCCAUGAAAUGGAUUCUGAUUGGACACCGAAAACCAGGUCCAGUAACCAACAACUCUAUCUUCCAAGAUUCCAUGGACUGGAUUGCUGACUAUCAUUUCUAUGUUUCACUUCUUCUCCUGGAUCUAGUGGCAAGCAAUGCAGUAUUGGUCAAUGUUUUUCUACGAUGCAUGGGACUAGACAUUGACAUGGAAUCUAAGGUCUGGAGUGAAUUCUUUCCUCCAUCCAAGGUUGAUUUGAUUACUAUCAACAAGUCGACACUAUCAGUCAUACAUUUUGAUGUCAAACAAGAUGGGGAGUACAAAAAGAUUCACAUUGAAAACACAAGUAUUGGAUUAGGUGUGUUUGUUGAUGGGGGUACCACAGUUGACUCUGUCCAGGUACACCCAAUGAUCCAUGUUAAAGCCAGUAUCCGAGGGGAUUUGAGCUCAAAGGGAACAAGAUUGCCAGUGUCAAAAAGAUUGGUGGUUGACCUUGCCACACCUUUGAUAGCAACAGUACUCUUCUUCUCUCUCAUCCCAACUUAUGAGUUCUUCCGAGUGGACUUCUACACACCCUUGUCUGGAUUUCCCGUUGUCAAAUUGGCUCUAGCACUUGUUGUGUUCUGUUUCUCCUGGAGCCUCCUCCUUCUGUUCCUUCAGUGUUUGAUGUUUCCAAGACAAACCUUUUGGGGGCAGAAAGAAGGGCAAACUAAGCCCUGGUCCUUGGCUAUGUUUGCCAUAUACAUGGACUUGCACUGCUACCUCUGGGACUUAUCCCUUCUUCCAAUCUUCUUUGGUACACCCUUUUUCAACUGGUUCCUCCAAGGAAUGGGCUGCAAUAUUGAGGGGCAAGCUCUCUUCUUUGGCCAUCGUAUUUAUGACUUGCCAUUGAUGACAAUCAAGGACAAGACCAUCAUCGACUGCUGCAUUGUGUCUGGGCAUGCAUGGGACUAUGAUGGUGUCAAUGUAGGACCAACAUCACUAGCAGGUGUGCUGCAUGAAGGAAGCUUUUGUCUAGCCAAUACACAUCUGGUUGACUCUCAGAGAGAAUGCCACCCAAUGCAGUUUGUGACCACAAGGUCAAGGGAGACUGCUUAA